UCGUAUUUUCAUGUAAAUUAUAAUCGCAUUUCGUAAAUUAUCUGUAGCAUGUUUUUUCUUUCCUAUUGUAAUUCUUUUAAUUAAAUUAACAAUACUUGGUGUUUCCAUGUAAAUAUUAUAGCAUUUAUUAAAAUGAUGAUUUGCCCUUUGCGUUCUUUCUAUUUAACGCUGCAAUAUAUUUUUAAAUGAGUUUGUUUUUAUUUUAAUAUUGUAAGUAGGUUUAUUUUAAGUUAUUAUUAUUUUAACUUUCCCGUUCAUUUUUAUUUCUUUAAUAUUUUUUACAUGAACAAUUGAAUUUUUUCUUUAUUUUUUCGGAUGGAACAUACAUCUGAGGCUAUGCUUUUAAAUCACGAGGCUUCUCAGACGCAAGCCAACAUGGAUCCUGAAUACGUUUUUGAACAUGAAGACAUGCCUUUGGAAGAUCAAACCAUUGCUAAUAUGAAUUUUGGUGAUCUUACAUCAUCGCAGCCUGAUUUGCCUUUUGUGGAUAAUCCAAAUUUAACUUGCUCGGAGUGUAAUAAAACCUUUACACAACGGAAGAAUUUAAUAAGGCAUAUUAACGUGCAACAUUCGGCAGGUAAAUACAUUUGCUCCAUAUGCAAAAAGAUCUUCCGACGCUCCGAUAAACUAGAUAAUCAUAUGAAGUUUCAUGCUAAAUCACCGAAGCCUGGAGCAUCUCACGCAGUGAAACGAGCAGCUCCCCCUACCACUAUGCCUGCCCCUAAACGACCACGGCAAGAACGUCCACCCUGCCUUGGUACUUUUGCUACGGAAAUCAUUUAUCCCAGUGAAAACACCAAGAAUGACUUGCAAGUAUUUUUACAGUUGUCAAAAACCGAAGUCGCGAGCAAAAUUCAAGAAACUGCCGCACAGCACCGAGGUAUCAAAUGGUACUUGAAUGCUUGUGUGAAGAUGGUCAGAAAAGUGUCAGAGACCGAGGAGGAGACAUGCACCCCUUACUUUCGAUCGAAAUGCAGCACUACGCUCACGGGAGAAAUGCCCGACAUGCAAGCAGCUAUUGAAAAGGUGCUGGAUUCCUUGGACAAAUUUCUGAAAAAAGGUUCAGGAUGGGUUUUAAACUCCGUGCAAUACCUCGAACUCAAGACCGCUGUCUACAAACCCGGGGCGGCCUCUUCUUACAUACCUCUACCGAAAGCCUUAGCCUGUAAGAAGGCAGUUCUCAAUAUACAGAAUGAGGACCACAAAUGUUUCGUCUGGAGCGUCCUGGCGGCCCUUCAUCCCGUUGAAGAUCGUCAAUCCCGUUGAAGAUCGUCAAGAUCAGCCAUACAGAGUUUCACACUAUAAGCCCUAUGAAAGAGAAAUCCAUAUAGAUGGUCUGUCCUUCCCUACCUCUAUUCACCAGCUGGACAAGUUCGAGAAAAUGAACAACCUGUCAAUCAUUCGGUUGGGAAAGCAAUGAGAUUUUACCUCUUCGGAUCACCAGGUGUCGAAACGGUGAUUGUCAUAUCAAUCUGUUGCUCAUUUCCGAUGAGGAGAAGAGGCAUUAUUGUCUCAUUAAGAGCAUGUCUCUUCUUCUUGCCGGACUCACCAAACAUAAGUGUGGAACAUUUUAUUGUGACUAUUGCCUUCACAGAUUUACAAAGAAAGACUCUCGACGCGCAUGUAGAAGACUGUCGAGUACAUGGGGCCCAAAAAAUUAAAAUGUCGGAAAAUAAAUGGUUAAAAUUCGUCAAGCACCAGUUUCAACUACCCAUUCCAUAUAUAGUUUAUGCCGACUUCGAAUCCAUUUUAGUGAAGCGAGCUACCUGCCUACCGGAUCUUUCGAAGUCCUCAACCACCCCUGUAUCCCACCAUCUUCCUUUAGGAUACAGCUACGUGAUCGUGAGACCAGACGGUUCAUUUUAUCGGGAACCUCAAGUAUAUAGAGGGAAAGAAGCUGUCAACCACUUUCUAGCAUCUUUAUUGGAAGAACGGGGCAUCUUUGAAAUUUUGAAAAAUGUAGAGUCCAUGAUUUUCACCCAAGAAAAUCAAUGGGCCUAUGAAUCUGCCUCUGAAUGUCAUAUCUGUGAGAAGCCAUUGAAUGGAGAUAAGGUGCGGGACCACUGCCAUCUUACGAGAGUCUACAGAGGAGCAGCUCAUAAUGGAUGCAACAUCAAUUUCAAAUUUGGAAAUUUUCUACCUGUGGUCUUCCAUAAUCUGAAGGGAUAUGAUUCUCACCUCCUGAUGCAAGCAGUUGGAAAAUUCAAAGACGAAGAGAUUAAGUGUAUUCCGCAGAAUUCAGAAAGAUUCAUCUUCUACGCUUCAUCGAUUCUCUACAAUUUCUGAAUGCUUCUUUAGACAAACUCGCGGCUAAUUUGGAACCCCAACAAUUCCAACUGACAAGAACCUAUUUUCGGGAAAAAAAACAGAUCUGAUGCUUCGAUAAGGUGUCUACCCUUAUGAGUACCUAGACUCGUUUUUGAGCGAUUUGAUGAGCCUCACCUUCCACCUCUCUCUGCCUUCUACAGCCAUUUAACAGAGAGUGAUAUCAACGAUGAGGAUUACAUGCGAACAGAGUCUGGGAAGAUUUCGGAUUACAUCAUCUAGGAGACUACCACGACCUCUAUGUAAAAGGCGAUUUUUUGCUUCUGGCGGAUAUUUUUGAAAACUUCAGACGACUGUGCCUUGAGUUUUACAAACUGGAUCCGGCACAUGUUUACACAGCACCUGGUCUGGCCUGGCAAGUUGCUCUACGCAUGUCCGACGCGCAACUGGAGUUACUCAUCGAUCGUGAUAUGUAUCUCUUUAUAGAAAAGGGCAUUCGAGGUGGCAUCGCUAUGAUUUCACAUCGCUUCAGCCAAGCGAAUACUAAAUAUAUGGAAAAUUAUGACCCAACGAAGCCAUCAUCUUAUAUUAUAUAUUUGGAUGCUAAUAACCUUUACGGGUUCCUUUCCAAGUGUUUAGAGUAAUAUUUUCUCUAUUAUUUACUUGUGAUAUUCAUUAUUUUUAUUCUAUCUUUUUAGAUGGGCCAUGAGCCAAGCUUUACCAACCCAUGACUUCAGUGGCAUGAACUUCAUGGAGAUGGCUGACGAUGCGGAAGAAGGAUGUAUCCUUGAAGUUGAUCUGGAGUAUCCAAGGGAACUUCACGAUGAUCAUUCGGACUAUCCUCUUGCUCCCGAGCAAGUCGUCGUGACUCCUGAUAUGUGGUCACCUUACACACGAGACCUGGCAACUAAAUUCCAAAUCCCACCGGGCAGUUCUACCAAACUGGUGCCAAAUCUGCGACCUAAGAAUCGGUACGUGAUGCAUUACCGAAAUCUGAAGCAGUGUGUUUCACUGGGGCUUCAUGUGACCAAGAUCCAUCGAGUGUUGACUUUCAAACAAUCUCCUUGGCUUGCAACAUACAUUGAAUUCAACACUAGGCAACGUAAACUGGCUAAAUCUUCAUUCGGAAAAGAUUUAUUUAAACUCUUAAACAAUUCAGUUUUCGGAAAGAUGAUGGAAAAUCUCAGAAAACGUACCUGCAUUGAUCUGGUUCAUCGAGAGAAACGAGCCAAGAAGUUAGUCGCUGCUCCAACAUUUCAUUCCUUCAAGAUCAUCACUGACGAUCUGGCUGCCAUUGAGCGACGGAAAACCAGCUUGGUUCUGAAUCGUCCUAUCUAUGUAGGCUUCAGCGUCUUGGAUUUAUCGAAAACGUUGAUGUAUCAAUUUCAUUAUCAAUAUAUCAAGAAAACAUAUGCAUCAAAGGCCCGUUUAUUAUUCACAGACACCGACAGUCUUUGUUACGAAAUAGAAACUGAUGCUAUUUUUCAAGACAUGGGCAACAAUUUGAACUUAUUCGAUACCUCAGAUUACCCAGAAAAUCAUCCCCUCUACAGCCUUACCAAUAAAAAGACGAUCGGUAAAAUGAAAGAUGAACUAUCUGGACAAAUUGCCCAAGAAUUUGUUGGACUCAAGCCAAAAAUGUACAGCCUACUGAGUAACUCUACUGAGAAAAAAACUGCUAAGGGCGUAUCGAAAACCAUCCUUAAAAGACAGAUUCGUCAUGUGGACUACGUUAACUGUCUUUUACAACAACAACGCGGCCUUGCGCAUGCGCAACGUAUUGCUAGCCACAGUCAUCAGAUAAAGACUGUGGCCUACACGAAAGCUACUUUGUGUCCUUUCGAUACGAAACGGUAUCUUUUAGACGAUGGGAUAUCGUCCUAUGCAUACGGACAUUAUGCCAUAUAAUUUUUAGUUUGAAUAAUUUUAUCUCAAAAUUCUCUGUACAUUCAAUCAAAAUUCUAAAAGUAUUUUAUUGUGGAAAUUUAUGAUGUAAAUAAUUGUAAUGAUAUGACUUGAAACUUUCAUAAAUCUUUAUUUAAAUAUAUUAUUUCUUGUUUUCUACUUUAAAAAACUAAGUCUUCUGUAAAGAAAGCGUUCUCUUAAUCUUUUUAAGAAAAUGUUUAAUACGUUAGAAUAUUUUAAUCAAGUUACAAUAAUUAAUCUGGCAAGUUAGAAAAAUUAAUUUUAGUUUUAUCAAAAAAUGGAAAGUUAGAAAAAUUAAAAAUUUAGUGGAACAGCUAUAAAUAGAAUUGUUUUUCGAAUAAGAAUUUAGUUAAGAUGAAACUUUUGAAAUUAAAGCAUCCUUUCGCGAUGUUAGCUGCUGGUCCUAGUGGUAGCGGAAAAAACCAUGUUUAUUAAAAAAUUAAUGGAUCACCAAAUGAUCACUCCUUUUCCUCCUAAAAUUAUUUGGUGCUAUGGUGCUUAUCAAAGUCUUUACGAUGAGAUGAAUCAUAUUGAAUUUUGUGAUGGUUUGCCUGAAAACAUCCACGAUUAGCCAUCGUUGUGAAUACAGUUAAGUCCACAGAACCUGGAGCGCAUUGGAUAGCCUUUUUUCAAGAUGAAGAAUUAGAAAUUUUUUAAUUCUUAUGGACAGUCUCCAGAUGUUUAUGAAUUUCACUGUUCAAAUAAAAAAUGGAAUAAUAUUUCAUUACAGAGUGUAACUUCUAAUUCAUGUGGAGUAUACUGUAUUUAUUAUGUACUUAAACGAAGCCAAGGCCAAUCUAUGUAUGCUAUGAUUGAAAAUUUAUGUAAAAUAAGUGAUAUUAACCUGUAUCAAUUUGUGAAAACAACUUAUGGUGUAAGAAUGAUUUUUAAACAAUAAAAUAUUUGAAAUGUA